UGUGUGUGUCGGUGUGUCGGUGUGUGUGUGUGUGUGUGUCGGUGUGUCGGUGCUGAUCGACGGACAGACCAAACAGCGAGCUCCUCCCGGUUCACGUCCCGGAGCCACAUCGGCUGAUGUUUUUUUUUAUCAGCCGAUGAUCCGACGUCCAUUUCCCUCCGGCAGCAGCAGCAGCAGCUCCAUCACACCUCCGACAUCUUGGCGACAGUUUCCUCCCAAAAAAGAACCAAAAACAAUAAGCACCCUUUGUCUCCGGGUCCGAUCUUCCUCUCUGCUUUUUUUUUCUUCCAGGCGACGGACUCUGCGGUUCUGUUCGGGGGAGCAGUGAUGGCAGAGCAUCUGUCCCAGAGUGAGCUCGACUACCCGUUCAAACUGCUCGAGUACUUCAACGGCUUCAGGGUCUCAAAGGUGAUAUUUUCGGCCUGUGAGCUGGGAGUGUUCGACCUCCUGCUGAGGUCCCAGGAGCCCGUGAGCGCCCGGCAUGUGGCCCGGGAGCUGAGCACCAGUGUGGACGGGAUGGAGCGGCUACUGGACGCCCUGGUGGGCAUCGCGAUUCUGGAGGUGGAGACCAACGAUGGGACAGCUGUUUACAGCAGCACCGACGUGGCGAACCUUUACCUGGCCAAGGACAGCGCCAAGUCUCUUCACGACAUGAUCAUCUACCAAUCCCAGACCAUCUACCCCCUGUGGAACAACAUGGUGGAGGCUGUCAGGGAGGGGAAGAACCAGAAUGAGAAGACCUUCGGCCUUCCGACGGAGGACAUUUUCCAAGCUAUUUACAGAUCAGAGGAGGAGAUGCUGAAGUUCAUGGGUCUGAUGAACUCCUCGUGGAUUCUGGAUGGACACGACAUCACAACGGCGUUCGACCUCUCCUGCUUUCAGACAAUCGUAGAUCUUGGGGGUUGCACCGGGGCUCUGGCUCGGGAAAUGGCGAUGGAGUAUCCCUCCUCCACCGUCACGGUGUUCGACCUCCCGCAGGUCGUAGAGCUGGCUCACAGACAUUUCUCCCAGGAGAACGAUGCCGUCGUUUUUCAGACCGGUGAUUUCUUCAGCGGUGAAAUCCCUGCUGCCGACUUGUAUGUUCUGGCCAGAAUCAUUCACGACUGGCCCGAGGAGAAGUGCCUGACUCUGCUGAAGAAAAUCUACGACACCUGCAGACCAGGCGGCGGCGUCCUGCUGGUGGAGGCCAUGUUGUUCGAGAACAGGCGAGGCCCCGUCAUGGCUCAGAUCUUCUCCCUCAACAUGCUGGUGCAGGCGGAGGGGCGCGAGCGUCCGCCGUCCGAGUACACCCACCUCCUCAGGACCACGGGCUUCCAGAACGUCCAGGUGUGUCGCACCGGGAAGUACUACGACGCCAUCCUGGCCACCAGGAGUGAGGGGGAGUAAAAAGGAAUUCAACUGGAACACUUCAAGAUCUGGAAAAGGUUGGUAAAACAACAAUAAAACCAUAAGUCCAGUGACAUUUUCGGAUUCUUUGAUUUCAACUUAUUUUUUUCUUCUUCCAAGUACUGUACCAAACAUUCUGUGGAUCGAUGUUGCUCCUGGGUAAUACUCUUAAUCAACACUUUCCUCUGUGAUUAACGUUGUGAACACGUCUCUGCGUCUUUGUAAAGAGUCAGGUCAAACUGCUGCGUUAGAUUAAAUUCACUGUUCGACAUUUUUGGGAAAUACACCUAUUCGUCGUCGUCGAGAAGAUUCUGUUCUCACAUCUGUACGGUUGAUAUGUCGCUGUCGCCCGCAGCCCAUUAGCUUAGCUCAGCAUAAACUAGCCUGCCUUCUCGUCUACGUCUGAGGGAGAAAGUGAAUUUGCAAUUUCCCCAAAUGCCCCGACUAUCAUUCCUUUAUGGAUUACAGCCGUUAUAAUCCGGGUUCAAUUCAUGAAUAUUAUCGUUUCAAUAUAAAUGCACUGAUGUUGUUUGGUAAAGCUGAUAUUGAUUUUUCUCCUGAAUAAUCGCCUGAUAUUUUUUGAACGAGUUAUAAAGCGAAAGAUAUCGUUUUACACUUUAUUGCCUGUUAUUAACGGGACAGUGUUUUUUUUAAGUAUCGCAAAAAUACCAAAAAUCUGAUCAAUGUUUGGGGUCGCAUCUUUCUAUGAUCAACCAGUCACAACCGCCUAUCAAGGACCUAUCAUGGAGGUAUGUCGAAAAAAUAAUUAUAAACCAAAUAUUGACACAUUUGAAAAAGAUUGUAAAGGACAUUCUGCCAAAAAUACUGUUUACAUUAGUCCUUUAUAAGAAAUGUUAUAUUUACUGUAUAAUCCUUGAUUGCCAUUGUUGUAUUUUAAUUAUAUGAUAUUCACCUGCUUUAUAAUAUUCCAAAUGAAUACCAAAAAAAUCCUAUAUUUUUAAAAGCAAACCCGUAAAAAUAUUAAAUAUAAUCAAACUCACUUCUGUUUUCCAUUUAAACUCAUCAGUACGAGUUUGCUUUGCACACUGCUGAAUGAAUUCUGCCCAUAAUAUUGAUAUCAUCUAUAUAAUUAAUAAUAUUCUAUGUUUUUCAAGUCAUAACAUCAGAAGAAACAAAGGAAAAAGGCAAAAUCAUAUAUUAUUCAUUUUAUCCUUUUUUUUUUGCAAAGUAUGAAUAAUUUCUCAGUUGGACAGUUAAAAUCUAUCGGUCCAUCUCACGGAUCUGUUUAACUAUUUCAAGUCGAGAUUCUGAUGUAAGUGGAUGUUAACGAUCUUUGUGAGUAUGUGUGUGUUUAGAUUUGACAGCCGAAGAAGAAUAUUAAACUUGUGUGUCGAUUUAUUUUCAUUCAGUUGUCAUGUCACACAUGGAGCAGUCGGGAGAAAAAAUCUCAUAGACGCAAAUAUAUAGGGAAAAUUCUGACUUUUCAGUCGGAAAACGUGAAGAUGUUUUCUUUGUUUCUGUGAUGAGUUCAAGUUCCCUCGUAGAUCUGACUUUAAAGAACUCAACCUUCCAUGACAAACCUCAGUUUACCUCCGUCAUUCCUCUGCUGGCAUUAAUAAGUUCUCAAUUCUUUUUCUUAUAUAUUUAAAAAAAAAUACUAUUUAAAACUGGUUCUUGGUGAUGUGAUGUCUGUUCUCAUUAAGCUGUUUUAUUUUUUUAAUUUUUUAUUCCUGUGGACAAUGAUGAUGUUGCAUUGCUUGGAGCAAGUGUGAAUGUAAAUUGUUAUUGCUACAAAAAAACGGAACAUGAAUUUAAAGGGUUAUGUCAUUUAAAAGUUUGUAUAUUAAUGAAAUAUUAGAUAACUUUGUGAGAGCUUCUCUUUUUGUUUUGUUUGUAAUUUUGUUUGUGAAAUCUGGAGAUGUGCAGUAGAAACGUAUGAAAACAGUUGUUUUUUCUGUAUCAACACAUGGUACCAUAAGCUUGUUUUUUAUCUCUUCUGGUUGUUCCACUAAACAUGUCAGCAAGAAUCCUUCACGUUAAAUCACAUAUGAUGUUUAUUCUCUGCAAAUGGUUCAUUAAAAAAAAGAAAUGCACGUGUAAACAAA